AGGCUACGCGUCCCCAGGGCCUCCUCCAUACCGUUACCCCGCACAGCUACUGCUCGCUACUCCUCUCUCUCUCUCUCUCCCCAGGCUGUAUCAUCCCUUCUCCCCCAACGCCCAAUGCCGCGCAAGCCCUAGCCUCCCGCCUUCUGAUCUCGCGCGGCCAUGGGCAACUGCUGCCGCUCGCCGGCCGCCGUCGCGCGGGAGGACGUCAGCUCAUCGCACUUCCCCGCAUCCAACGCGAAGAAGAAGCCCCACCAGCCGCGGAACGGCGCCGCCGGCGGCGGCGGCGGCGGGCAGAAGCGGCUCACGGUGCUGGGUGAGGAGGGGCGUGAGGUGGUCGGGAUCGACGAGAAGUAUGCCCUGGACAGGGAGCUCGGGCGCGGGGAGUUCGGGGUGACGUACUUGUGCAUGGAUCGGGACACCAAGGAGCUGCUCGCCUGCAAGUCCAUCUCCAAGCGGAAGCUGCGGACAGCGGUCGACGUGGAGGACGUGCGCCGGGAGGUCGCCAUCAUGCGCCACCUGCCCAAGAGCCCCAGCAUCGUGUCCCUGCGGGAGGCGUGCGAGGACGAGGGCACCGUGCACCUCAUCAUGGAGCUAUGCGAGGGUGGCGAGCUCUUCGACCGCAUCGUAGCGCGGGGCCACUACACUGAGCGCGCAGCCGCCAACGUCACCCGCACCAUCGUUGAGGUCGUGCAGCUCUGCCACCGCCACGGCGUGAUCCACCGCGACCUCAAGCCCGAGAACUUUCUCUUCGCGAACAAGAAGGAAAACUCGCCGCUCAAGGCCAUCGAUUUCGGCCUCUCCAUCUUCUUCAAACCCGGUGAAAAGUUUUCAGAAAUUGUUGGAAGCCCCUAUUACAUGGCUCCCGAAGUAUUGAAGAGAAACUAUGGACCAGAAAUAGACAUAUGGAGCGCGGGAGUUAUCUUGUAUAUUUUAUUAUGUGGAGUUCCUCCAUUUUGGGCUGAGACUGAACAAGGGGUGGCACAAGCUAUUCUUCGUGGAAAUAUCGACUUUAAGCGGGAACCCUGGCCUAAUGUUUCGGAAAAUGCUAAAGAUUUAGUUCGACACAUGUUGGAGCCUGAUCCAAAGCUCAGGUUAACUGCAAAGCAGGUUCUCGAACAUCCUUGGCUUCAAAAUGCUAAGAAGGCUCCUAAUGUUCCUCUUGGUGAUAUCGUGAAGUCCAGACUCAAACAAUUUUCUAGGAUGAAUAGAUUCAAAAGAAGGGCUCUAAGGGUCAUUGCUGAUCAUUUGUCUGCUGAGGAAGUUGAGGACAUAAAGGAGAUGUUCAAGACUAUGGAUACUGACAAUGAUGGGAUUGUAUCCUAUGAAGAGCUAAAGAGCGGAAUAGCAAAGCUUGGUUCUCAUCUUGCGGAAUCAGAAGUGCAGAUGCUCAUUGAAGCUGUGGAUACAAAUGGUAGGGGGGCACUAGAUUAUGGGGAAUUUUUGGCUGUCUCUCUUCAUUUGCAAAGGAUGGCAAAUGACGAGCAUCUUCGACGGGCCUUCCUAUUUUUUGACAAGGAUGGCAAUGGUUACAUUGAGCCAGAGGAGCUUCGAGAGGCUCUAGUGGAUGAUGGAGGGGCUGAUAGCAUGGAAGUGGUGAAUGACAUAUUGCAAGAAGUUGACACUGAUAAGGAUGGCAAAAUUAGCUAUGACGAGUUUGUAGCAAUGAUGAAGACCGGUACAGAUUGGAGAAAGGCAUCCCGGCACUAUUCGAGAGGAAGAUUCAACAGCCUCAGCAUGAAGCUUAUAAAAGAUGGGUCAUUAAAAUUGGGUGUUGAGUGAAACCGCACCCAGCGGUCUUACGUGUGCUUGUAGUUAGGCCAUUGGCCUCACUAAGCUGAAGCUCUUUUGCCUUUUUCUCAUGAUUAUUUUGCAUGAAAAUUUAGAUAGGUGGAACCCCCCUGAUUGGCUUACCUGUGUAAUUAGUUCUCCCGGUUUCGCUGACAAGCACGUGCCGAAUGAUGUGCCAAAUGCUGUGCGCCUGCUUUCUCCUAUGUGGUCCGAUCCUAUGGUACCUGAUGCUUAGUGUUGUACAACACGAUGUUUUGCAGUCUUGAAAUGCAAUUUGUUGACCUA